CGUUUUCCGCGCAAAACCAUGGCUGCCACUGGAGAGAAAACUCAUAUGUCCAUCGUGAUCUGCGGUCACGUCGAUUCCGGCAAGUCGACCACCACCGGUCGUUUGUUGUUCGAACUCGGCGGUGUCUCCGAGAGAGAGAUGGAGAAGCUCAAGGCCGAGGCCGACCGUCUUGGCAAGUCCUCCUUCGCCUUCGCCUUCUAUAUGGAUCGCCAAAAGGAGGAGCGUGAGCGUGGUGUUACCAUUGCUUGCACUACCAAGGAGUUCUUCACUGAGACUUGGCAUUACACCGUUAUUGAUGCCCCCGGCCAUAGGGAUUUCAUCAAGAACAUGAUCACCGGUGCCUCUCAGGCUGAUGUCGCCCUCCUCAUGGUUCCCGCUGAUGGUAACUUCGGUACCGCCAUUGCCCGUGGUAACCACAAGGCUGGUGAGAUCCAGGGUCAGACCCGUCAGCAUGCCCGUCUUAUUAACUUGUUGGGCGUCAAGCAGUUGAUUGUUGGUGUCAACAAGAUGGAUUCCGAUGUUGCCGGCUACAAGGAGGCUCGUUACACCGAGAUCCGUGAUGAGAUGAAGAACAUGCUCGGCCGUGUUGGCUGGAAGAAGGACUUCGUUGAGAAGUGCGUCCCCAUUCUUCCCAUCUCUGGCUGGUGCGGUGAUAACCUUAUCAAGAAGUCCGACAAGAUGGCCUGGUGGAAGGGUAUGGAUGUCCAGCGAACUGUCAAGGAGACCGAGAAGUUCCACGUGGAUACCUUGUAUGAUGCUCUUGAGAAGUUCGCUACUGUCCCCGCGCGUGUCGUCGAUGCUCCCAUGCGUGUUCCCCUCUCCGGUAUCUACAAGAUCAAGGGUGUCG